ACAUUGGAGAGCACUCACAAGCGACGAAAUCACAGCAGACAGUGAUGGCCACAAAGUGAAAGGGGAGUACGAUGCAGACUCCAUGGCCUUCGUCACAGCUGUCGUGAGGGACUUCCGGAUGUUCAACUCCGUUGAAGGGAUAAAGUUCAGCCCAACUCAUGCGAAUAGAGCGCCAAGGAACAUUCGAAUUGCCAUGCCAACAAGCAGCAGGAGGAACUUCACUCCCUGCUAUGCAGAUGGAAGCGAACCAAAGAAGGGAAGCAACACCCCUACAAUUGACGAGUUUCCAGGUCUCAACAUUGCAAAGGUAAUGUUCAAGGGUGCACUAACGGCGCACAUGUCCCUUCAUAUCAUCAGCAAUGGCAACGUAAUUGGCACAAGCUGUCCAACGGCCUUGCCUCGAACGUGGAAUUUCGCGUUUUGCGAAGCCAUCCGAAAUUACAGGACCACAGAGACAUUUGAAGCGGUCGAAUGGGGAGAGGAAUCCCGGAAGUGGCAAAAUGGACUUGCUGGAAAGUUAUACGCUUUCCGCCUUGAUGGCAACAAUGACGUCAAUGUUGACGCCAGCGUCUAUGGGAAGGUGUCCAUCUUUUUGCUGGAGAUGAUCUUCGACGUCAUUAAGCUGAUCGCAGAUGGCACAUGGACAGCUUCCCUCAUCCCUGAGGGUGUGACCAGCCAAGCUGCCAAGAUGAUUGUACACAAUUCCUGUUUGGUUGUGCAAGCUGCGGGGUUCAAAGAUUGCUGGCCAGGAAUGGUAGCGACUCUCGAUGCUGCUACAAGACGAUCGAUGUCACUGCCACCAGCCCCCCACCUAGCGAUGGAUCGAGCCUCUUGGGAAACCUAUAACAAGUAUUUGCAGAACUGUUUCCAGAUUACAUACAAGAGAGCACGUGCAUUCUUCUUCAAGAAGAACGUGGAAGACAAUUUCUCAGACUCUGCCUUUUGUGCAAUCGAUAUAGCGGUGGUCUUCACUUGUGCUGAUCUGAGAUACAACUUAAUUCCAAGUGGUGUCGCGGCAGGAGAAAUUGUUCGAUCAGCGGCCAAGGCCCGAAAACAAAAUAUCACUAUGCCAGCAGAAGACUCGGAUAAUGAGGGAGAAGAUGUGCUAGAUCAUUCAGCCGAGGAAGAAGAAAAUGGUAACAAUGGGAGAAUACCAAAUACUACCCUCGAGAGGGAUUCCGAGAGCGAGGACGGCAAUGAAUCUGAAUCAGAGCCAGACCCUUUGUUUGACCAAGAAAUAGGAGCUAAUGACGAAGGAGAUGGCAACAAUGAGAGAUUGCCAACUGCGAGCUUUGACACCACAGCUGAAGAAAAUGGCAACUUGAACGGUAGCUCCGACGAUGAAUUACUUGUCGAGUCGGUUGUGUUUGAUUGGCUGCGUGCGCACGGGUUCAGAAAAUGGAUUAGGACGAGGUUCCCACUACAUGGCACAACGGGACGUAUAUGGUCUAACUUUCAGCAAAGACCGGGAGUGAGACUGGAGGUCAUGAUUACGGAUGACGGCCGACUCAUUGUCCUCGCAUAUCUAAGCGACAGGGCUUGCCCAAUUGUCCAAAUUUACGAGCCAUCCACUCGGGCUGGACUUCAAGACAAAACGGAGAAAGAUUUAAGAAGGCAAGCAAGACAAAUUCCUCAGAUGAUUGCUAGAUUUGUCUCGGAGGUCGAAGGUAUCAUUGCUGCUGCCCAUUCUGCAACAAAGAAGAAAACAAAUGGGAGAGAUCUUAACAUGUUUGAGCUUAUCCGGGAGUCGUUUAGAGUCUUGGACUCGUGGUUGGAGAGGUUGAAGGUUCACACGAUGCAGACAAGGUAUGAACUAACCUUUGCAACGGCUCUUGCAAACAGUGAUGAAAACGAAAAGAUAUCUGUUCCCAUUGCCGAUGGCGAAACCCCUGUGUCCUGCCUAUCCUUCGUUCGACGGCGAGAUCUCUAUGAAGGGCUCAAACUUCAUGUGGACCAUCAUCGCUAUAUACUUGUUCAGGGGCUUUGUGCGAUGGAGAAAAAUCCACAGCUCAAGGAGCUGCUACCAAAUCCAGUGUGGGCAGCCUACAUGGCAGCGGCGGAAGUACUCGUGCUGCUUCUUGGUGCUGGGGCCGGUUCCAAAUGGAGCAUAUUAGAAAGGAGCAUCCAGCGGGCGAAAUCCAACGAAGAAAGCGCUCCUAACACACCUUUCCACUAUGACAACAACUGGUGGGAUGUUCACCCUGAUUUCAUUCAGGUGGUGAGCACGGACGAGGAAUGGAGCACUUGGGCUUGUGUCACAGAAGGAGUCGAUCCAAGCACAUGCAAUAUACAAAUGAUGGAUCGGCGCCUGAGGGCACUGCGGGCAGUUGAUGACGAUGACGAGGGGGAAGAGGAACCAGAUGAAUUCCUAGACUGGCUCCAAGAAAAAUUGCCUGUCCACCAGAUUGAAGGACUGAAAGGGCUACGAAAUCCCACCCAAUAUCGCAAAUGUGUCCAAAUGAUGUAUAUGGAAUUUAUCUACGCAGGAGAUCCCACAUCGACCACGGCCAAUUCAAUGUUUCAAGCUGUGAACUGGGCGGCUGUGGGGGCGACACCAAGAGCCGUUGUGAAGCUUUAUGAAAGGUGCGCAAACGUCAUCGUCGCUCUCUAUAGAGUUGAACUGGCCGAAAGAAUUACUGCAUUUUGGAACAGCACUCACAAGCGGAGCCUUCGUGGCGGUUUCAACAUGAAUGAUGCCACAAAGGCCAUUUACCGUGCCAAGACUAAGCUUCAAAUUAUUGAUUGUGUCCUUGUCCACCUCGAUGCCACCUGGCCCUCUCCCAUCAUAUUUUGUCCAAAACCAAUAGGAGAUGCAGCCGAAAUUUACACUUACCUGACAGGCUACCCCUCAGGAUCUGCAUUCCCAACCUCGGUCCCAACUGGUCAAGGUUGGGUUAGUCUUGGGGUUCCACGCGCUUUGAUCGCCCUAGGUCGGAUGUGCGGCAUGGUGAAGGAGGUUGCAGAAGAUGUCAUAAGAGCAUUUGGUGGAAGGAACCCUUUCCGUGAUGUGUCCGUCUUUCAGCAUUUCCUUGCUUCAGAGCUUGCCAAGCAUGGCUCAUUGGAGGACCCAGCAUUCAUCUUCAAAUCUCGCAAAAGCGAAUUGCGGAUGGAGCAAUCAAAUUGCCUACUUAUAGCAUACAACAGCAGCUCUGAGUUUACGGCCCUAACAAGGCCUUUUGUCAAAAAACCAGAAACAAACCCCGAUGACAUCCAAAGGGACUCGUUUGCAGGAAACUUCCUUACCAUCUCUCACACUAGGCAUUUCAAUUUGCUAAACAAUUUGAGUCGGCAACUGGCAGAAGAGCACCGCGGCCCGUUCGACCAAAUGUACCUGACCAAUGGCAGCCCAACCCAUAAUUCAUGUUGGUCCUGCCCUCACAUCCUGCUUCUGCAAGCCUACAUCAUUUUCUUCUAUAGAAACCAGGGCAUGGCAUAUAGCCAUAGCCAGAUGAUUAUGCCAACAGACUACAGCAACGUUAUUGGAGCAAUCUACACAUCACCGUCGAAGAUAAAAUAUGUUACGAAGGAGAUUAUGAAGCCAGGCCUUUUCAAGUCAUCUCUUCAAUUGUAUCAAGAGCCAGAUACCUUUGAAAAGUUGGAGGUCUUUGCAAAGACUAAGUGGGAGGUCCAUGGUGAUCUGAUACGAGUGGCAGUCAAGUCUUUGAAGUCACCCAAAGAACUGAUGAAAGUUGACACCCACCAGGAUGCAUUAUUGGCAAGUCGCCCCAAAUCGGACACACUCUCCUUCCAUCUAAAGGCGAUCCAAGUGCAGAUGUCCGAUACCAGAAAGGCAGAUGCAAACCGACUAUCUGUGGCCACCUUCAUCGUUUCCAAAUUUGGCAUCGUUUCCGAGGAAUUUUUGGGACUACUGGAGAGUAUUCGGAACGAUUUGAGGUAUCAUAUCGACAGAUACCACAAAGAUCCUAGCCCAUGCAAUUUGGAUUCCUGUUCCGAAGUAGUGAAGAGAUAUGGGGCAAAUAAGAGUCAUACUUACUUCAAAUUUGACCCAGCAGGUUGCAAACCGCCUCCUGAUCACGGAGGUCCGCGACCAAUUCGAACCGGGCACUACAGGGAACCAAUAAUAAGCACCCCUGAGAAACGAUCUCUCCCAUCAAUUCAAAGCCAGCACGAUGGAGUGUUGGGUCGUGACCUUGGUUUCCACAAUACAUCCUUAUUUCACACCCCCACAAAUUUGAAAAUUCCAGCGGUAGAAAUCGGCAACAGCAAUGAACGGCCAAUCACUUAUUCGGAUGACAAAAAUGAAGAUCAUCUUGGUUUCCACAAUAAAUCAUUAUUUCACACCCCCACAAAUUUGCGAAUUCAAGUGGUAGAAAUCGGCAACAGCAAUGAACAGCCAAUCACUUAUUUGGAUGACACUAAUGAAGAUCAUCCAACCCAAGACGGACUCAAUACGUCAUUAGAUGGGUACAAUCAACGUCAACUUCCGCAGGGAACCAAACAUCCCACAGCAACUGGCUUCAGGGAGUCGUUAUCAUGUCAUCCUGGUAGCAUGAUGGUCCAUCGGAUUCUCUCCGUUCCUUUGUCACCCGACGAUUUGGCCAUAAUCAAGGACAAAAUGGAAAGCACAGAUGACCCAGAGUUGAAAUUCAAAUGGCUUGGAUUGGAAGGCAUGGAUCUUGCAUCAUUCUGGACCCUCAAGCCUAGAAUUUGGCUGAGAGGCCAGGUUGUAGACUACUACAUGAAAUUAUUGCAAAUACGGAACGAUACAGACUAUGCUGGCAGUGGCUUUUGCUUCUUGGAUUCGAACUUUUACACAAGACUAAUGAACAAUGGUAUUCGUGCAAGGAGAUCUCCGACCUACAACCGCUACAAUUAUGAAUUGGUGGAAAGUUGGGUCAGCGGGAGGUUUGAUGCUGGGGUCAUAUUCAACCACACAAAGAUCAUCAUCCCAAUCAACCAAGAUGACAGUCACUGGAUUUGUGCAGUCAUUUCUUUGAAAGAGAAAAAUAUUCAAGUUUACGAUUCUAUUAGAGGUAAACGAGCUGGACCGCAAAUCAUUCAAAAUCUCAUGAGAUACCUAGAUGACGAACAUUCGAGCUUGCAUGUGACUGGUUUGCCCAACAAAGAAGCUUGGCAGUCAAUUUGCACAAAUGCAGACACUCCACAACAACAAAAUGGGUAUGACUGUGGUGUAUUCACCUGUCUAUUUGCAGACUGCGUUUCCCUUGGUGUCCCUAUGGCCUUCGACCAGAGUGACAUUGAUAAUAAUGCUCGACAAAAGCUUGCGCUUGCAAUUUUGAAUGAUCGACCCAUUCUACAGCCAAGAGCAGCCCAACAGCAGCAGCCAAUUUUGUCUGACCAAGCCAUUAGUAUCCCAUUUGUAUCUCCUAGUUGA